CUCAUCGCAGUUUCAAACGUUAUUCCCACGAUGGCGGAUGCAUCGCGUUCUGUCGCCUGGAGCUGCUGCCUCCUCCUGUUGGUUCUCCUCCUUGGCGUCCGGGGAUAUGAAGUGACCAAGGCCAAGAUAGAGGUGUUCUACCCCAAGGGAUUCGAGGUCUCAAUUCCCGACGAGGAGGGCAUCAGUCUGUUCGCCUUUCAUGGCAAACUGAACGAGGAGAUGGAGGGUCUGGAGGCGGGCACCUGGGCAAGGGACAUCGUGAAGGCGAAAAACGGACGCUGGACCUUCCGAGAUCGGACGACGGCCCUGAAACCCGGCGACACCCUGUACUACUGGACGUACGUUAUCUACAAUGGACUGGGUUAUCGCGAAGACGACGGGUCGUUUGUGGUCAAUGGCUACAGUGGUAAUAGCACCUCUGCGAUCACUCCGCGUCCACCCGUAGCCCCUGUCUCCACCACCCCCUGGAGUCCACCUCCCGAUCCGGACAUCGAUAUUAGAGUGGGUUGUAAUACGCCUAAAACGGAGGUCAAUGGAGCACCCACUCGCUGUGCCGGUCAGUUGGUGUUCGUGGAUGAGUUUAAUGCUGCCAAACUGGAUCCCAACAAAUGGAAAGCGGAGCGCAGGUUUUCCGGACAACCCGAUUAUGAGUUUAAUGUCUAUGUGGACGAUGCCCCGGAUACCUUGUGCCUGGCCAACGGACAUGUGGUGCUCUCUACGAAUACGAUGAAGAAGCACUUCCACAAGGGAUCAGAGGCCAGCCUGGAUCUGGGUGAAAAGUGCACUGGGGUAGCCAACACCCAUGAUUGUGUAAGGAAUGGCAGGACCAUGAACGACGGACUUCCGCCGAUGGUCACCGCCCAGUUCUCCUCCAAGGCUUUCUCCUUUAAAUACGGUCGUGUUGAGGUGCGAGCCAAGAUGCCAAGGGCCCUGUGGGUCACUCCACAAAUCUGGCUGCAGCCCAAGUAUCCCGCCUACGGAACGGAUGACUACCGCUCAGGACAACUGAGAAUUGCCUACACCCGUCCGAAUGGAGCUAACUUGGAUCUCUAUGCCGCCGCCGUGAUGUUCGCAGAUGAACCCCUGCGUUCGGUAAAGAAUUGCCUGAAGGCGGGAACUGGGGACAAUUCGGAGGACUGGAGCGAUAGCUUCCACAACUACACCCUCGAAUGGACGCCCAAGGAACUUCGCUGGCUGGUGGACGGCAAGGAGUUCUGCGUCCAGGGGAGUGAUAAGGGAGCUUUUAGUGAGACAACUGCCGCAGGGAAACGAUUGCCUCAAGCCCAGAAACUGGAGGAGGGCACUGGACUGGCACCCUUCGACCAGGAGUUCUACCUGACCUUUGGUCUCGGCGUGGGUGGGUUCAACGAGUACCAGCACGUGGUGAAGCCCUGGAACGAGCGAGCCCCGCAGGCACAGAAGGCCUUUUGGAAGGAUGUCAAGAAGAAUCGAGACCACUGGCUGGACGAGGGCCACAUGAAGAUCGACUAUGUCAAGGUGUACUCUUUGUAAUCUCUGUAAUUAAUUGCAGAUUCUGCUACAAACUUUACAAAUAAAAUGUAAUAAACAACA